UUAAGUCAUUAAACAAAAGAGGUGUCGUAUAUUUUACUGACGGUGGCACAGCUGCCGGCAAACCCCCAAAGCUUCAUUAAGCUUACAUGCACCCACGUCCAGGAACACGUGGCAGAGAACUCCUCGUCCGUAUCUCAACCUCAAUCAAAGAAAGAUACAGAAGACACACACACAAAGACACACUCUUUCUCUCUCUCUCUCUCUCUCUCUCUCUACCUGAUAUCCACCCGCUAUGGAUACCUUCCUCCACCACAUCCACAAUCCGUCAUCCAUGGCCAAGCGACCUUGCCCUUCGCAAAACCCUAGAUUCCCAAAUCUCUACCAAUUGGACGUGGACCAACUCUUAGGUACCCUCUUAGGCCUUACUGAUUCCCCUUCUCUCUGCAUCGACAUCUCCUUCGAGAGGCUUCUAGAUUCCGCAGCUUCCGAUUCGGAUCAGACCCUUCUCAUCGAUCGUGCUCUCAAAUUAGGUUCAGUCCUUCUCGAGGCUGGAAAGCGUUCCGCUAGAAAGCGAGCUUCCAAGCACAACUCACUCGCUUGGGCUCUUCCUCCUGACCUGACCAUCAAAGUGUUUUCCAUGCUUGACACACAAAGCCUAUGCCAUGCAGCGGCUACUUGUUCCAUGUUUAAUAAAUGUGCGAUGGACCCCUCAUGCUAUGCUUGUAUUGACUUGACAACAGUUGUCCCAAAAGUUAAUAAUGCGGUAGUAUCCACAAUGAUCCACCGAGCUGGGAAAGCUCUUCAGUCUCUUAAGCUUGGUGUAGUUCCAGGCCCAAGUGUGUCAGCUGGAUCUUGUCAGCCAUUGGUUUAUACCAUCAGGAAUUCUGUAGAUGUAUCCAACUUUUCAUGGAACGAUAAGAGGUCCAGACAAGGGAAGGAAUCAUCCAUUCUUACAAGAUCCUGUUUAAGCCCUUUGGCGGGGGGCAGUGGUGCCCCAGGGACUCUUUUGAGAAGGUUGCAUCUUUAUAAUAUUGAAAGAAUGGACAACACAUCUCUUUGUGGGGCAUUAUCAGCCUGUCCAUCUCUCCUUGAUUUGGAAAUAGUCGGCCUUCAUGUCGAGCUGAGGCAAACACUGAUGUCAGUGAGUGCAAACUGUCACUUGAUAGAGCGCUUGUUCUUUGAAUCUUCAAAAACAGGUAGAGAUGACAGUUUGAAAUCACCAACUUGUGUUGAUUUUGUAAAUAAUUGUCCCCAUCUAACGUCAUUGGCUCUCAGAGGAUUUAAACUGCAUGAUUAUAAAGUUCGCAUACUUGUUAAGGGAUUUAGAAAACUAAAGUACGUUGAUUUUUCAACAUCUUACUCUAUCACUGGAACGUUUCUUAGGAACCUUGGAAGCAGCAACGGAGGGAAUCUGCUGGAAGUUUUGGUUUUAAGGGAUUGUAUGCAUCUCAAAGAGGUGGAAGUUGCUCGGCUUUUGACAGGAAUUCUAGCUGGGGAUUUCAAGUUCCUCAAACAUCUUGACAUAUCCAAUAGGGAAGGCUUGGCUUCUGAGAGUGACUGGUAUGACAGAUGCUAUUGCUCUAGCGUAAUUCCUAUAAAGCAGGUAUUGGAAGAGAGGCCUGAUAUGUGUUUGCUGGCUGAAUUUCCAUCUGAAGGAAGUUACAUCGAGCUUGAUCAAAUGUUUGAAAGUGAACUUAAUAGCGAUAUCAGCCUGCCAUCACAACUGAGUAGUCAUACAUCAGAUGGUUCAAUGUUUAUGAGUUUUUCUGAGAGCAGUUAUAAUAGUGACCAUGGUAGUGGUAAUGAGGAUGUGCGGGAUGCAGGUUAUGUAAUUUAUGAGGAAAGUUCAGAUGAGGUGGAUUUUCUUGCCGCGUGAGAGCAGUAGUAAUGACAUCAAGCAUUCAAAUUUGUGUUGGGCAAAUGGCUUGGAGUGCUCGUAGGUGUUACAAAAAUGUAGGAGAAGGCUUGUUGGAAUCGCAGCUCCAGUAAGUGAUCACAAAGUGACACUGGACGAUAGUGUGCCAACUGAUAUUCAUGGUAGUACUUGGAAGGUUUUUGAGGCCUGGGUUGCCUGAACGUGAAGAAAUAUUUCGAGGUUGGUUGUUGACUUUGGUACUCGUCCUUUCUGCCCCUGUUUACCAAUACAUGUUUAGAGCUGCUUGAGUGGCCUUUUAAACCCCCGGUCCUUGUUUCUCUGCCUUUCAUUUCUGGCUCUUGUUUCUACAAGUAGUUUUGUGUAUACAUUUAUAAAUCAAGAGGUUGAUGAUUGAUUUUUUUAAGCUCCCUUUCCCUUGGUUGAAGUUUUUAUUGGGAGUAUUAAUCCAUUAUAUUUGUAGCUUGCCGCCCCUAGAAUAUUAAAUGACAAUAAUCAUUUGAAAUUGGGAGAUUCAACUCUGAUAA